CGUCAUCAGUAAGCGUCUUCCUGUCACAAGCGGUGUGGAGUUGGAAGCAAACUUCAGGUUGCUGAAUCAUUUAGCUUUGUGACAUGAGGCUGGACUCUCUGUAUGGGCCUGUCGGUUUGGGUGUUCUGGCCGGUCUGGGCUGCGGGCUCUGUCUCGGAUGGCACCUCAGUGGGCGUUUUGGCAGAUCGUCCUGCAGCAUGAUGGCAGCUUUAGGGAGCAGCGCCAGCAAUGGCAGCGAGGCCAGUGUGAUGGGUGAGAGCGGAGAGUUCAAAAUGAUUCUGGUGGUCCGAACCGAUCUGAAAAUGGGCAAAGGUAAAGUGGCAGCGCAGUGCUCUCACGCUGCCGUGUCAGCCUACAAACAGGUCCAGCGGCGAAACCCAGAGCUCCUGAAACAGUGGGAGUACAGUGGACAACCCAAAGUGGUGGUCAAAGCUCCAGACGAGGAUUGUCUACUGGAUCUGCUGGCCCACGCCAAAGAGGUCGGGCUGCCUGUUAGUUUAAUCCAAGAUGCUGGAAGAACCCAAAUUGCUCCCGGGUCAAGGACAGUUCUACAGGCUGACCUGAUUGACAAAGUGACUGGACAUCUUAAAUUAUACUAAACAACAACACUAAUGGACUAAGACAGAACUAAGAGCAGGUCCUAGUUUAGUUUUUACAUGAUUAUAAAGAUUGGAUUAAUGAAAUUAAGUGGGUUAAAAUGACAUUGAUUUACAGGUUUAAACAUUUAAGUAAAUCAUUCACCUAUUCUAAUUCAAGUUUUUUUUUUGUAAGAUUAUAUACAUGAAAAAAACAACAACAAUGAUUUGGGAAUCAAAUGUCUCUAUCACUCCCUCAUAUCCAAUGGAAUAAAAGACGUUUUUUGGUAAA